GGGCUUUCCAAAGGGGUGGUUGCUUGCGAGCGUGAAGAAAACUGUACAUGGAAAAAUACGUGAAGCGGUAAACAGAUUUUCGAACAAAUCAACGGCAGAAUGAGGGUUAUUGAAAAUAUGAAGCAGAAUUUCCAAUUAAGAUAUUCUCUGAAGUCAUCCAUAUGGAAAAUGAUAUUUUGAGCACUGAGCUUUUUGGCUUCACCAGGGGACUUGAGGAUGCCAUCUAAAGAAUGCUAUGCAACGAGCAUCUUCAUUAUUCUUUGUCUUCUUGUUGAUAUUGGUCUAUCGGAUGUGGAAAUUUUGUGUCCUUCAGAAUGCAUUUGUUUAUCUCAGACACAGGUUCUUUGCAAUUCAGGAGGUCUUCGUAGCAUACCAUUGACCUUGUUGCCAGUCACUGUUGAGCACCUAUCACUGACCAGGAACAACUUCUCAGUCAUCAAAAGCGAUGCUUUCGCUGGUCUCAAGCACCUUAGGAAGCUGCACCUAGACGGCAACAACAUAUCUACCAUCAAGCCUUUUGCCUUCCGCGGUCUACCUAGGCUGAAGGAACUGUCCAUUCAACAAACUCCCUUGACAACAGUCCCUAGGUUUUCGUUCGCUGGACUGCAGAACAUAUCGUCAAUUAUUUUAAGUCACAACAAGAUCGUCCAAGUGGAAUCUUAUGCGUUUGCGGGAACAACGAAUCUCAAAACUAUAGUGUUAACUAACAAUCCCAUCAUCAAACUGGAAAGCAACGCAUUUAGUGGUUUGAUCAGUGUUGAGAGAUUGUGUUUUCCUUCCGGUAUAAGAAUAAUAGAACCCGAUGCUUUUAGUGGUUUAGACACAGUUGAACAUUUGAAAUUAUCCUUCAUGGAUCUACCAGGUGUGGACGCAAGUACUUUUAGGGGUUUAAUAAAUAUUGGUGUGUUUUCGAUACAAGAAUCGGACUUGGGCAUCAUAGAAAGUGAAGCUUUCGAGGGUGUCACUAAUAUCAAAGUGUUGAACUUUAUAAACAAUAAGAUUGACUCCAUACUAGGCAUGAACAUUUCCCAAGAUCACAAUAUAGGUACUUUAAAACUUUAUGGGAACCAUAUAUUGGAAAUUCCUAGAAGUGAAACUCUGAAUAUUGUGGUCCAUAAACUCAUAAUAAAGUCAAACCAUUUUCCUUGUAACUGUCAAGUUAAAAAUCUUUUAGAAGGACCGUUAGUCAACGGAAGUAUUUCAGAAUUCUUGUCUGAAAACUAUUGCAUAUCUCCUUUAGAUAUGAAUGGUAGAUUAAUGAGUUAUUUGGAUUUUGACAGCAUCAUCAAAUGCCAGGAGGAUGUUACUAAAGAGAGCUUAGAAACGGCAAGAGACACAGCAGGUGGACUAUUGAGGGAAUUGUCAUGUUAUAUUUUAUUUCUGUUAUAUUUUUACCUAUAAGAAAAUUGUGACUGAUUGUUCAAAAAUAAAAAUCUAUUUUAUGAA